AUGGUGUACAAUGUGUUGACUGAAGCUCCUCACAAUCUCAAGGAGGGCAUUGACUGGUUGGUGGCUUUGAAGGGAACUUAUGGCGAGAACAACUUAAAGACCAUCGUUGGAGCAAUUCAGAAAUUUCUCUCAUACCACCGCCUACAUAAACCUCAGGAAGCUAAGAAGCAUUUAUCUUACGAGAAUAUAAACUUAUCUCCAUGA